AUGCCUGGCGAGAAGGAUACAUGGUAUUCUGAUGUACUGAAUAUCUGGAAAGACGGCAUAUUGUGUACAAACUGUAACAUGAAAUAUCAGACGACAUCUUUGGAUCAACUACGAAAGACAUUCUCUUAUGGAGGGUAUUACAAGGUGUCCACAUCAGAUGGAAAGAUGAACUUGCUGGUUCUAAACACAAUGUACUGGACAAAAAGUGCUUGGAAACCAAAGAAUUACUUUGUAAACAGGGCAAAUACACAGAUGAAGUGGUUAGAAGGGCAGUUAAAUAUUGCUAGGAAAACAAAAAAGAAAGUUAUUAUAAGCAGCCAUAUUUCUCUCGGGAUGGAUAUCUAUGUUCAUAUAUCCACUUGGAUGAGCAAUUUCACUGAUCUAUAUAUCAACCUGGUUGUGAAUGAAUUUAACGACGUUGUUGCAGGGCAAAUCUUCUCUCACUUUCACCGCGAUAGUUUCCGUCUGCUCAGCGAUAAGAAGAAAGAUUCUUCGCAUCGGAAAUUCUCUUAUGUUCUACUAAUGCCAUCUGUUUCACCUUCAUACAGAAAUUACCCGGCAUUUCGUGUUGUUAAUCUUGACCCGUCUCUCCAGGCAAUUACGGAUUACGAACAAUACUACUUGAAUAUAGACAUUAAAAAUCCAGUAUGGCAACUAGACUACAAAUUUUCAACACGAUAUCCACCAACUGGCGAUGAUGACAAAGUCAUCAAUGGCAAAAGAAUAAAGCACCUUAGUGAUAAUCUUAUCAGCGAAAGAGACUAUAGUUUCUUCAAUAGUUUUAUCAGUUCACGACAAGUUCGUCAUAAACCUGAUUCUUAUUCUCGAUCUCUUUUUUAUUGUGCAAUUACUUGCAUAAGAAAAAAAGAAUUUGACGCAUGCCGGAAAAAAUAUCCAGAAGAUAACUUUGAUAAAUAA